AUGAAAGCCGCCGCGGACGCGAAGGCGUCCUUGAAGGUGCUCCUGAACGACGUCGUCGCGGUCGCGAACGAUUUGGAAGGCCCGAACCACCCCGCGACGCACCGCGCGCGCGCGUUGUUCACGCGCGGCCGCUUACAAGAGGCGGCGGCGGAUCCGUCGACGGACGAAGGCGCGGCGAUGUUAACCGCCGCGGAAGAGGCGUUAAAGAAAGCCGCGAAGCUCGACCCCGCGCUCGACGGCGCGUGGAACUGCCUGGGGCAGCUGUUCUGGAAGAAAGGGAACCUCGAGGGCGCGAAGAAUUGCUACCGAGCCGUGCUCGCGCGCGGGCCGAACAAAAAGACGCAUCAGGCGAUGUCGAUGCUAUCGCGAGCGCUCGCGAAGUCGAAGGCGAAGCCCGGGUCGGAGGAACAGAAGCAGCUCGUCGCGGAGAGCAUGGACCACGCCAAGGAAGCGGUCAAGCUCGACGUCGCCGACGGCGCGUCGUGGUACGCCGUGGGCAUGGCGUACAUGGCUGCGUUUUUCGCCGACGGCGCGUCAGGCGCGUUCUAUACACUGGUCCCCAUACGACCGCACGCGACGAAGCUCGCGCAGAGCCUCAAGGCGUACCAAAACGCGGAGAAGGGCGGCCCCUCGGGCGACGGACGCGCCGGCGGUGGCGGCAUCGGCGACUCCCCCGACCUGCACUUCAACCGCGCGAUCGUGCACCGGUACGUGGAGGAGUACGGCGCCGCGCUGGAGGGGUUCCGGCGAGCCGCGGCGUUGGACCCGGCGUUGCCGUGGCGCGCCGAGGUGGACGCCGUGGCGGCGGCGUUGACGCGUCUGGACGACGGCUGCCGCGGCGCGGGGCCGAUGUUCAAACCGAAACGUCUCGCGCCGAUCGUCAAGGCGCUCGAGGGGACCGGGCACGCGGGGAACGAGAUCCCGCGAGAGUACGCCGAAGCGUCGCUGAAAGCGCUGCGCGAGGGCGCGAAGGAGAACGAGGGAUCGGCGACGAACGUUCGCGUCGUCGUCGACGCGACGUCGAGCGAGGCGGGCGGGUUGAACUUGCACUACGUCGUCGUGGACAGGGAGGGGACGCUGUGCGCGAUGUCGGUGUACGGCCUGGAGGACGGCGCGGUCAGGCACUCGAGCACGCUGACGCUGUUGAGCCCGUGCGUUCGAGACGUCGACGCGACGUUCGAGGGGCGGCGGUUUACGUUUCGGCUGAUUCGCGUGGAUUUGCCGAAACAGAUCCUCGUCGGCGGCGCGAUGCCGGUGGGGAGGAUCGCGCGGCCGAGGCUCGCGAGCACGAACUUGUGA